CUUCAACUUCACUUCUUCUUCUUCAUUCAACGUCGAUGCGUUGAUUGUUGUCCUGCGCCCAGCUCCAUCACCUCUAGAUUCUGCAUUUUGGCGAAUCGUGCACGUCCUCUGUUUCUGCUGUUUUCUCCUCACUUACCUACGCCCGAGGGGCUUUGCUGCAUCCUUACGCUGCACCGUGCUGUAGCUCUCGUGCGACUCCCGUUGUCGCUGUGCCCAUCAUGUUCCAGCCCAAUCCAGAUGAACAAUUUCACCUGCGCCUCCACAGGGCGCGGUCUGUCGUCUUGACAACUCAAGAGCUCGUGGAGAUUCGAGCGGCUCAGCGCACGUUCGAAGGCGCAUACGUUCGCACAGCCCUAGGCCAAUUCUCAUUUGCCUUGAUCAUUCUCAAGAUCUUUACUUCGGAGUUCUAUGCCAUCGGCGCUUUAUUCGCAGUGUAUGGAGUGGCAGUGAUGCUGGUGGCUAUCUACCGUCGUUAUGAAGGCAACCACCAAUUCUUCAAUUCCGAGUCACCUGAUGGAACACUGAAGCGCAAAUUUAGGACGAGCGGGAACAGCGUUUUGCUGCUGACAGUCCUCAGUCUGAGUGCUUACGUGACGUUGAUGGUGCUCACAUGGCGUCUGGUUUCAUAGUGGCGAUUCGUGGCGGGUUUCCUGUCAGUUAUUCUGAUGAUUGCUAUUAGCAUCAUGUGGAGGAGUUUUACCAUGUUCACUUGGGGGGGCAUAGUGAUGUUGC